CCUUCACAGGCCAAUCUGGCGGGGGGCUGUGUGCACGCCCUUGCCUCGCGCCCGUGAUCGCCCUCGACUUUCUUCCCGGUCACUGCACGCGGACAUGUCUGCUGCCCGCAAUGGACCAUAACCUCGAAAUUCAGACGGCAAAAGCAUUUAAACAGGGACGAAAAAGCCAGUGUCCAUGAGCAUGUAGUACCCGCGAUGGCGGUGACACGGCUCAAUCGGAUUAUGGUUCGGUUGACUGCCCGCACGAGCCAAUCCGGAUGAAUCAUCUGAUGAGGCCCCUACUAGCUAGGAACAUGAUCUAUACCGGCUGGGGAGGGGGGAGGGUUCGUGAUCGGAGCUCUUCAUCAAAAACCCCACCAUUUUUUUCUUCUUCUUUUCGCUUUCCCACCAACCUCCUUUCCCUCCUGCGGCAGUGUGAAGUGAUUCUUCUCGACUGCCUCAUGCACCGGUCGGAAGAGCAUUGUCAAAUUUAGCAUGCGCUCACUGUUCACGUCAACCGCAGGAGCUGGAACAAGAACUGGUCCGAUGGCGGACCCAAAAGUUCCCCUCAUCGUCAGGUCUGAUGAAUUCCCUGCUGCGCUCAAGGGAAAACGCAUUCUCCUGGCCACCGAGUCGCUGGGCCCUGUAAAUGGAGUUAGCCGCACAACAAGCAUGCUGAUUGAGUACCUGCGUGCCAACGGUGUCGAGCUAGCUAUCGUCGCUCCCCGCUAUGAGCAAAAAGGCCGCCGGCAGUUUGUAUCCUCAUCCGCGCCUACUGCUCCCUCGCACUCCCGCUCAGAGUCCGAAGUUCGACUACACGGUUAUCCUCUGCCCUACAACCCAGAUCUGACCGUCGUGUAUCCGUUCCGUUUCGAUCGGGUGUGCCAACGAACAUUCCAACCUGACAUCGUGUACCUGGCGAGCCCGGCCUCGGUGGGAUACCAGUUUCUAUGGCAGAUCCGUCAGUUGCGAGAGCCCCCGGUGGUGCUCCUCAACUACCAGACAGAUUUGGCUGCAUAUUCCUCGAUUCUGCUUCCGGGCGCCAUGGGCCGAUUUGGCACUUGGCUGGUGAAUCGCGUCCAGGGCUUUCUGUUCAACCACCCUUCUGUUGACACUAUUUUCUACCCCUGCUCGGAUGUCCGAUCGUACCUAGAGGAGGCUGGAGCUCCCUCCAAUCGUUUAGUGCAGCUCGGCCGAGGCGUCGACACUGUCCUCUUUAACCCCAGACACCGCGAUGAAGCGUACCGUCGGGAAUUGGCCCCGAAUGGAGAGAUCAUCCUAGCGUACACCUGUCGUUUGGCGCCCGAAAAAGGGUUCGACUUUCUGGCCGAACUUGCAAUUCGACUCGUAAAGGAGGGUCUACCAUACAAGCUCCUAAUCGUAGGAGGCAACAGAAACCCGGCUGUGGAGGCAGACGUACAAAAUCUCUUCGACCCUGUCCGCGAUAAUGUCAUUUUCACUGGCUUUCUCGGCGGCGAUUCUCUCGCUCGAGCAUAUGCAGCGGCCGAUAUUUUCUUGCAUUGCUCCAUCACCGAAACAUUCGGCCUGGUAGUUCUCGAAUCCAUGGCGAGUGGAGUCCCCGUAAUCGCACGGGACCAGGGAGGGCCCUCGGAUAUUGUUAAGGACGGCAAGACGGGGUAUCUCGUAGCACCCGAUGACCUAGACGAAUUCGCUCGUCUGACUCUCCGUCUGGCCCGCGACAGCGAUCUCCGAAAGAACCUAGCCAUCGCUGCCCGCGCCUUCGCCGACGAGACAACAUGGGAGAAAAUUAACUGCCGGGUUGCCUGGCACUUGGUGCAGGGGAUGGAAACCCACAAGAAAAGACUGCAACUCCGGCGAGCGCAGCGACCCAUUCGCAACUGGCUCGCAACACGGUACCGCGAAUUCGAGGUUUUCAUUCUGUGGCCUUUGAUUGAACAGCUGCGAGUAAACGCGGCAAUUGGGUUUGUUUUUUUUAUGUGGAUGAUUGCUGUGAUACCGUUGAUUUUGCAUGGAAGUCGGCUUUUCAACUUCCUAUACACUAUACCCCUUACGUUCCAGAAGGCGCAAACGAGUCGUUUAUUGAGAUAGUUGAUAUACACGGUUUUUGUGCGUUGUCUGCUUGUCUAUAUCUGGCUUUCCCUCGUAUUGUUGCACGAAUGGCCGAAUGUUGACUGUUUCAGUUGAUUUUCCUUUCGUCAUUAUGAGUACAGAUUUACGUGUUGAUGGUGCAUCAUUAUAUGUCACU